GAUAACGGUCACGUUCAACAUCAAUAACAGCAUUCCACCCUCAGUCGAUGAAGAAACACAAGAAGAGCAGAAACCUGAUGAGCAGGAGCCUGAUCUUACGUCAACUCCAAACUUCGUUGUGGAAGUAAUAAAAGAUGAUACAAAACAGACCCUUGUUCUUGACUGCCAUUAUCCCGAAGACGAGGUUGGACAAGAGGGAGAGGAAGAAAGUGAUAUUUUCACAAUUCGGGAGGUCAGCUUUCAGCCCACUGGAGAAUCGGAUUGGAAGGACACCAACUACACCCUCAAUACGGAUUCCCUUGACUGGGCUCUGUACGAUCAUUUAAUGGAUUUCCUGGCUGAUCGAGGAGUGGACAACACGUUUGCUGAUGAGUUAAUAGAGCUCAGCACCGCACUGGAGCACCAGGAGUACAUUAAAUUCCUUGAAGACCUUAAAAGCUUUGUCAAAUGUCAGUAGGUUAGGCUAGGAAAUGUAUCUUCAAGUGUGGGUAUUCCACAGCACUGCUCAGCCAGCAAUACCCAAAUAUAUCUUCACAACAGAUAUGGAGAGUAAGUAACUUUGCAGUUGGAAAUGAACACCAUGGGAGAAGGAGGAUUCUCACUUGUAUUUGUGGAUUUGUAUUUAUGGUGCAGCCCAGAUCAAGUUCUCUAACAUUACGGUCCGAAAUUGCCUCGCCCUACUUGGUGGUUUUUGUACAAUUAAGAAUGAAUGUGAAGAAUAAAAUCUGUUCAACAUAUCACUGAAAA